ACUUAUGUAGGUAGUUCCGAAAUGUAGUUCUCCUACCAUAUUUUCCGUCCGUAGUUCAGUUUUCCUACUUAUUUUUGUGAAUUGUGACGGAAGACGGGAAGACUGAAGUUGAGGUUGAGAACUUGUAGGCUGUUCUGUUACUGUAGUUGUUGUUUUGUCGUGUUUAGUGUUCGGAGUUUUUCUGAUUUGCUGUGCUUAAAUUGAUACGGUUUUGUUUAAUAUGGCUAAAUUAACUUUACGUGCGAGUGUGAUUCUUUUUUAUUCACUUAUUUUUAUAGAAACUUCUGGAAUACACGCAUCUGAUGGUACUUACUUUUACGAAACACAACCAGAAAAUCUCUCAUCCGAUGUUUCAUUCAAAUUCUUGCAUAGUAAAAUUCAUCAUCUACAAAAAAGACAAACUUCCGAUAAUAAGCAAGGACAGCCUGUACUCAACACAGCGAUUGAUAUUAAAACACAUUUGCACGAUUCUGAUGUCCCCGAUAUCAAAUUGAAUAAAACCAAAAUAACAGAGGCCCCUAAGAUAUUUCCUAGCGAUGCUCCUAAACUUAAUAUGACAGUCACAAAGUUACCAAUACGUCUUCUAAACAAUGGAUCAAGAUUGCUUGGUGUGAAUGGAACAGGACAAAGAAAGCAAUACCCCUCGACAACUGACCAACCCACUGUGAUAUCUAAUACAGAUCCACCUUUAUUACAUGAUAUAGCCAGUAAUGAAAGUGGAAAACCUGAUUUCGACGAUAUUAUCAAUAACAUUUCUAUAUCUAAGUUCACAGAUAAAGAGUUAAACAAUACUCUUGCACAACAUAACAUCACCAAUGAGACUAUCACUGAAAGCUACUUCUACUACAACAGUACUCUGCUCACUGAUCCACAUGUGGCCCGAUCUUAUUGGGUCAAUCUUAGCGAAUUUGAAAACGCUACAACACAUAAGCUCUUAUCUUCAGCUCACAGAAGAGCAGCGACUGUCACUCUUUCCUUCGAAUUUCCAUUCUAUGGACAUCUUAUUAAAAAUGUUACCAUAGCUACUGGAGGUUUCCUCUACACAGGGGAUUAUGUACAUGCAUGGUUAGCAGCUACUCAAUAUAUUGCCCCCCUAAUGGCAAAUUUUGACACAAGUUUGUCAAAUAAUAGUUUCGUUCGAUUCAUGGAUAACGGUACCGCCUUCACAGUACUGUGGGAGAAAGUUGUAUUGAAGGAUAGAGCUAAAGAGGGAGAAUUCACUUUUCAGACAACACUUCAUAAAAAUGGAGAUAUUAUUUUCGUCUAUGGAAACGUGCCUUCAAUCAUAGAAAAUAUUAAAGAUGACCAUCAUCCAGUAAAAGUUGGUUUGUCAGAUGCCUACAUAAUUGACAGUACUUUAUUCUUUUUGAGAAGAAAAACUAUAUAUGAAUACCAUAGGGUUAAUUUCCAAAAGGAAGAAAUCAAAAAUGGAACUGUGAUAAUCUUGAAAGCCUUACCAACAUGCCUUGAUGCUACUGACUGUACAACUUGUUUAACCAAGGAAUUGUCCUCAUUUCAAUGCAUUUGGUGUCCAGCGUUCAAUAGGUGUUCAAGUGGUGUAGACCGCCGUCGUCAAGAAUGGAUUAUGAAAGGCUGUGACCAAACAAAAGUAAAAAACGUAUCUUACUGUUCCCAGACAACCUCAUAUGACACAAAUAAAGGCAGUACUGCCUAUGUACAUGACUCUAAUGGUAUGAAUAUUUACAUGAAUACUAAUGGUUCAACUAGUCCCUUCAGUAAACAGUCAGAUGCUAUAACUGCUUCCCAACCAGAUCAAAUUGGAAUGUCUGGAGUCUUAGCAAUCAUGAUGUUAUUAUCAAUGAUUGUAGCCAUCUCUAUGUGGGUGUACUAUGCCUAUAGAAAUCCUCAUACUACUAGUGGUCAAAUGUUGAUAAGGUAUCGACCAAGUCAGUGGAGAUGGAAGAGAGGUGAGGCAAGGUACACAGCAGCUACUAUCCACAUGUAAUUGAUGAUGAAAUUAGAAAAAGGUUGUGCUUUUCAUGAAUCAUUCCUUGAAUGGAAAAUAUGGAAUAACAAUUAACUUGUGAGAUUGGCUUGUAGGUUGUAGAAAAAAUUAUUUUCACAAGCACUUCAUUUGUUGACUCGGUUCAAACUUGAUGAAUCAGUAUAUAAAGUUAUCGCUCUUCAAAAUUUUCAUCAUUUUACCAUUGAUUCAUAAAUGAAUGACCUAAAAGCAAUAAGAUUAUGGCCACAGUUGACUAAUGUUGAGCCAAAUCAAUAACAAAUAAGAUUCUGUGAUAGAAAAAUUAUCGUCCAAAUUUUUGAGAUUGUUUACGAAUUUAUCUCUACAGAGAUUUGUAAAUUAUAUUGAUAGUUUACUAACUGUAUGAAUUAGUUCUUGAUUGUAUGUAAAUAAGAUAUUUGCAGUUGUUCAAAUUACAACAAUUUUCACAUGUUUCUGCCGACUUGAGAAGGCUUUAAAUAAUGGUUAUGUAAUUGUGAAUUUUAUAUAUUUACUAUAAUUUUUGACCAAUGUAGUUGAUUUUGUGAUCUGAUCAUCAAUUCUAUAUAUGUAACAUUAGGUAAUUAAAGUAAACCGAAUAUUUAUGGACUUCCUUCCAAUGGAUGCAAUAGGUUUAAAUGACAUAAUAGUUGUAUACUUUUUGUUAUAAAAUUAUACAGAGAAAUUAUAUUUGCCUUGAACAUCUUAAACAUAAUCAUUAUUGCAAGAUUUUUAAAAAAAUAUGUAUGUAUCAUUUUUAAUGAGUUGAAUAUGAACAAAGUAUCAACUAACAUUCAUUUACCUAUAGCAUAUCAAUGAAAAGAAUAUGAUUAAUUAUAACUGUUGUAUAUUAUAAUUAUAGCGGACUAAUGCAUAAUAAAACUUAUUUUGUAAUAUGA